AUUACACUUGUUCCCAUUUCCCCUUCUCUCCAACCCCGGACACCCACACGUACGAACAGACCGCAAAUAUCGAACACCAUCAGGCGAAUUAAGCGCAGAUUGGAACAGAGAAAUCCAAAUCCGAUCCUGAGCCAGAGAAUUCGAAGCGCACAGGCGGGCACGCCCCAAAUGCGCCGCCGGGCACGAGCCGCAGCUCGCCGUCGAUGAGUCGCGCCCCUCCGGACGCCGCCGGCGACCUCUUCGCCGCCAACCUCAAGGGCUCGCUCCUCGCCGUCGCCUCCUCCGCCUUCAUCGGCGCCAGCUUCAUUGUAAAGAAGAAGGGGCUUCGCCGCGCUGGCGCCGCCGGCUCUCGCGCAGGUGUUGGAGGCUAUGGAUACCUCUUGGAGCCUCUCUGGUGGGUUGGGAUGAUUACAAUGUUUAUUGGUGAAAUUGCAAAUUUCGUGGCCUACAUGUUCGCCCCGGCUGUUCUGGUCACUCCGCUCGGCGCUCUCAGCAUAAUUGUCAGUGCUGUUCUAGCCCAUUUCAUCCUGAAUGAGAAGCUGCAACGGAUGGGUGUGUUGGGCUGCGUGCUCUGUAUGGUUGGGUCAACAGUGAUCAUCCUUCAUGCUCCUGAAGAAGAGACACCGAGCUCAGUGGAGCAGAUUUGGCACUUGGCAACGCAACCUGCCUUUCUUUGUUAUGUGGCCUUUGCACUGGUGGUUUCAUUGAUCUUGAUGACGCAUUGUGCUCCCCGCUAUGGGCAGACCAACAUAGUGGUGUAUAUAGGAAUUUGCUCCGUGAUUGGAUCUUUGACGGUAAUGAGCAUAAAAGCUGUUGGCAUUGCAAUCAAGCUUACAAUUGAGGGCAUGAACCAGGCUGGCUAUUUCCAAACUUGGCUAUUUGCAUCUGUUUCAGCGAUAUGCAUAAUUAUUCAGUUAAUUUACCUAAACAAGGCAUUGGACACUUUCAAUACCGCAGUUGUGUCACCCAUCUAUUACGCGAUGUUCACGUCCCUCACAAUUUUAGCAAGUGCCAUAAUGUUCAAGGAUUGGUCUGGACAGAGCAUAAGCAGUAUUGCUUCUGAGAUCUGUGGAUUUCUUACUGUGCUUUCUGGUACUGUCGUAUUGCAUUCUACAAGAGAAUCUGAUCAGACUAUUUCUCCAGACCUUUAUACUCCUCUUCCCCCAAUAUACUGGCAUAUCCAAGGCAACGGCGAGACAGUGAAACAAAAAGAGGAUGAUUUACUCUCUGCUGACUUCAUCACCAUAAUGCGACAAGAUUACUUUGUGUAAAGAGUAUAGACCUCAACAUCGUCUUCCAGCAGUGACAAGACCAAAUCAGCUGCAAAAGUUUUGCAGGCAUUGUAGGAUUAGCUCGUGUGUGAUCAUGCUGCAUCCAAGCCAACAAACACCCUCCAAAGGAGCAUCGAAGUAGCCUGCCUUCUUUUCCUCGGCAUGAAAGAAGGAUCUGCUGCUUGUUUAGCGAGGUGGUGUGGCAUGAUCUGUUAUGUGUAUCUGUUCCUUUUGAGUCGAGGGGCAAGUUUAUGAGGCUGCUCUGGCUA